AUGUCUGAAGAUAUGACCUCCAAUUCUUAUCCCUUAACACCAACCUCACAUAAGGCGUAUCCACCACGUUCUCGCGGACUUCCACAUGUCAAACUUGGGGAUUUUGCCGUAAACAAAAACAUCCAACACGGUGUAAAAGAGGUGAAGGGAAUAAUUGCCAAUUAUCAAGAAUUUGUUAAUAGAGGAAAUGUGGUUGAUCUCGCUGUGGGUGUGGUUAUAGGCGCAGCAUUUUCGUCCAUUGUCAACAGCAUGGUGAAUGAUAUGUUAGCACCCGUAAUUGGUCUUGCGGCUGGAUCGCAAUUGACGGAAGAGUUUGUUGUAAUAAGGGCAGCUCCAGAUGGUCAAAGAAAUUUUACAACUAGGGAUCUUGCAGCGGCUGCCGGCAGCGUGACUCUAAACUAUGGCAAUUUUCUUCAACAAGUUGUUAAUUUCUUCAUCAUCAGCUUGUUCGUAUACAUAUUCGUCAGAUUGAUUAAUGUAAUGACAUUCAAAAAGGAAAGUGAAGACGCAAAAAAAGAUAUGAUGUGUCAUUAUUGCUGUAAAAAAAUUCCCGCGUUAGCUAUUAGAUGCAGCUUCUGCACGACUUGGCUAAACGAGGAAAUACAAGCUAAAAAAAAACGCUCUUACCCGGAAAUAUCAUGUGAAGAAGUUGAGCCGAUGGCCGAAGUUUGA